AGAAUUCAGUUGGAGAUAUUGAAACAUUCUAAUAAAAGCAAAACUAAUGAUCCCACAAAAGUGUUAUAUAUAUAAACUCUCGAUUAUUUAAUUAAUCAAAAUUCUAAUUGUAUAAAUAUCCAGAGUUGAGUUGUGAAAUUUUGUAAAAAGGACCAACGUUGAUCUGCGUUUCAAGUUUUCAACUUUUUAAUCAACGUUUGGUCUGAAAGAAAAAUCAACACAACUCUUGAUUAAUUUAAUUAAAUGGCUCCAACAGGAUGCAGCUGCUUCCCUGUCACACUUGAGCGAUCCAAAAAGGGCAGCUUCAAGUUUGUUAGGAAUUCUUCCUCUCUUUCUGGUUCAUCUAAAUCGUUAUCUUUAAAGAAAAAGAGUAGUAUCCAAGGGAAGAACUCAGAGCUGAUUGUUUGCUUUGGGGAGAUGUUGAUCGACUUCGUCCCGACUAGUGCCGGAGUUUCCCUUGCAGAUGCAGAUGGUUUCAAGAAAGCUGCUGGUGGAGCUCCAGCCAAUGUUGCAGUUGGAAUUUCAAGAUUGGGAGGCUCAGCAGCUUUUAUGGGCAAGGUUGGUAAAGAUGAAUUUGGAUACAUGUUGGCUGACAUUCUGAAAGAAAACAACGUGGACAAUUCUGGGAUGCGUUUUGAUCCGCAUGCACGGACUGCAUUGGCAUUCGUUACACUAAGAAGUGACGGGGAGCGAGAAUUCAUGUUCUACCGCAACCCAAGUGCUGAUAUGCUUCUUCAGGAAAAAGAACUUGAUGUAAAUCUGAUUAAAAAGGCCGGCAUAUUUCACUAUGGAUCAAUUAGUUUGAUUGAGGAACCGGGCAGAUCAGCUCAUCUUGCUGCAAUGGACAUUGCCAAAAAGGCCGGUUGUAUCCUCUCUUACGACCCGAAUCUGAGAUUGCCACUGUGGCCAUCUGCAGAGGCUGCUCAGAAAGGCAUUAUGAGCAUAUGGAACCAAGCUGACAUUAUUAAGAUAAGCGAGGAAGAAAUUGAAUUCUUAACCGGAGGUGAUGAUCCUUAUGAUGAUGAGGUGGUCUUUAAAAAGCUUUACCACCCCAAUCUGAAGCUUCUGCUUGUAACUGAAGGGCCAGCAGGCUGCAGAUACUACACAAAGGAAUUUAAGGGUAAGGUUGCAGGUAUCAAAACUGAUGCUGUUGACACUACUGGUGCCGGUGAUUCUUUUGUCGCUGCCAUACUCAACGGCUUGGGUUCAGACAUUAAUUUGUACAAGGAUGAACAAAAACUUAGAGAAGCUCUCUUGUUUGCCAAUGGUUGUGGUGCUCUGACAGUGCAAAAGAAAGGAGCUAUUCCUGCACUGCCUACAAAAGAAGCUGUGAACCAACUUCUUCAACAAACCACUGCUUGAUAAAACUAUAAAGGAUUAACCAAUACAUCAUAAAAACUUAAUAUUCUUUAAAAACACAGAGAAUUGCGUGAUAGAGACACCGGGUUUGAGGAUGGAUGUCCUUGGAGGUGGAAUCUACAGGUGCUAAAACUUCUGGUGGUGCUGCACAUUUUGGAGAUGAUUAGAAAUCAUCAUAUCGAAGUUGGGGUUUGAUUUGUGGUUCAGAUUAGGAGGGGCAGGUAAAAUAGGGUGGCUCAUGAGUUUUUUACCCUUCACCCCACCCUAUCUCAUGCCUUGGGUGACUCAUGGGUUUUUGGCUUUCCAUAUUUGCCUCUGCUAGUAGUAAUUGGUUGUAUCUCCCUAACACUGUACUUUCGUGUAUUCACAUCCAUGUAUCAACGCUGCAAUGUGUUCUAUAUACAAUACUUUCCAUUGUUAUCCACCA